UAUAAUUCAAUUGUUUAUUCCUUUCGAAAUAAGUUUAUAAUAUUCGAUGUACAUGCUAUUUUUACUUAAACUUAAAAAUUUUACCCGCGUGAACUGCGCGCGCCGGUAGAUAAACCCGCGAACGCGCAGAAACCAUUAACCCUGAGUUCGAUCAGUAGUCCUAAUGUUGAACUACCCUGAUCGACGAAAACAAUAAUUCGUAGACGAGCAAUUACUAAAUUUAGAAAUUAUAGUACCGCACGAAGCAGGACAAAGGACGUUGUUCUGCGUUCGUUGUCGGCUCUCACAGUGACGUCUACGUUGGUUGAAUCGGUGAUAAUUCCGGUCCAAUGGUCCAGAUCGUGCAAAAUAGAACCGACCGACCAUCAGCUAUUGUGUGCAUUGCGUAUCGUCAAUUAAGUACAAUGACCGGCAUUAAAGAUCCGACUGAACAACCGAAGUUGGAGAAAAUAAAACAAGGAAAUGAUCAAAUGAAUGCUAUUGUUAAAAAAAGUUUUACGGAUUUAACAAAUACUUACAUGCAAGAUUUAUUCAAGUUUUCUGAAGACAUGGCAGAAUCCUUCAGGUCAAUAUUAGAUAACAUAAAAGUUCGUAUCGAACAAUUUCACGCACAGAAUCGAUCUAUAUUUGAUUUAUUUUCACUUUCACCACUGCAAAAAUGGUCUCAACGUGAACACUAAAAGACCGAAGAUGUGGAAGUAUCAAUGUUUUUUGAUAGAUACAUGUUUUUGGAAAAUAUACUUGUACCUAAAUUGACCAAAAUAUUUAAGUCGCACAUUCUUGAUGAAAUAAAAGCGUUAUGAAUGUUUAAAACCUAAAAUUACUUUAAUAAAGGAAAAUCUAGAGAAAAAGCAAUUAUUAUUUACUUAUUAGGACACCUUAAUUAUCAAAUACUGAUAUUAUUUUAUUACAUAACGACAGUAAUUAAAACGUAAUUGAUGUUUAAGGUUUCAAAUUUAACGGUCAAAAUGUUUAACACAUAUAUGUUUCGAUAGGUCGACAUAGCGUACGUUGUACGCCAUCUUAGUGGAGUACUAUUACCGCCAAUCUACUACGUUUCAAUGAAUUUUGUUACUUACUAUAUAACUAAAAUUUAAUGUUAUUUUCGAAUUGAUGUCUGAGUAUUUGAUUCUUUUAUUAUUUAAACAAUCGGUUUUCGUUCUUUAAGUUCUAUGUAUCAGUAUGUCAAGCCAGUACUGUUUUCUCUGUGCGACUGAUGAAGGUGUUUUCUUGGAUGUUACAGCGGACAACAAACAAAUGUAUUAUGACCAACUCGAAAUUUGCUCACUUAUUAAGGUACUAAAAGCAGAUCAAUUGCCAACCAAAAUUUGUCACAAAUGUGCAUAUGAAUUAAAUCAAUGCAGCUCUUUUAUAGAAAAAUAUAAACGUGCUACAAAACAAAAAAUAAAUGUUCGCAGACAUUGUUGUAGUCUAUGUCGUGAACCAGCAAAAAACGAAUUUAUCUUUGAUAUUAGUAAAGAGAAGAACUUGCAGCAUAAUCCAUUUCACAAAAUACAGGAACUCCUUAAUACAAAGAACAGUGGAAAGGUUUAUGGAGAGUAUAAAUUCAUAUGUUUAUCUUGCCGAUAUGUGAUAGAUGUAUUGAUAGAUUUAAGGAACAUAUGUGAAGAAACUACAAUUAAAUUGGAAGAUACAGCUGAUAAAAAAAUAAAUUACUUAACUUUCCCUAAGAUAAAAACAACCAUUGUAAGUCGCAAAACUACCAGCACUGAACCUAAUAGAAUAAAUUUAAACGCAUUUCUGGAAUCAGAGAGUGAUUCUGACGAAAUGACUCGCACACGAUCUCGAAAUAACAAAUUAAACGAACAAACAAAGUCGCAAAUUUGUAGUAAAUGUCAUAAUUCUAUUAAAACUGAUGAUGAUAUAUUCAAGAUUCAUAAAACAGGAGAAAUUGUAUGUAAAUGUUGUUGGAAAAAUAUGGAUAUUUGUAAAAGUAAACCUGAGAAAGAAGUAUCAAAUGACAAACAAAUCAAACUUUGUACAGUUUUUUUAAAAGAUGUAUUAAAAGAUUAUAAAAUAAAGAAGGAGAAGCUCUAUAGGAUUGAUGAGGACGAUGAAGGCAAUAAGACAUAUGUUGUAAUGGACACAAAUUUGACAAAUGAAAAUAAAUCCAGUAAGCCAGUUAGUAAUAUAAAAAAUGAUAUACAAAAGCAAAGUCAAAAGCGUUCUAGUAAAAAUCUAAGAACUGCAGAUAAGGACUCAAAUAGUGAAGAUGUAUCUAAUAAAAAACAUAAGCCUGAUGUAAAAGAAAUAAGUGAAACUGACUCAAAGCAGUCCAGUUUGAUUGCACAACAGGCAAAGCAAGUUACACAGAAGGAUGGUAAGCAUAAUAUUAAUCAAAGUUCUGAUUCAGAUUCUUCUAUUCAAAAAAUUGCAAAAAAUAGCGGCAGCCGUUUAACAAGACAUAAACGAGCAACUGGCUCAUCCUUAUCGGAUGCAGAUAUUGACAAUAAGUACAAUCGUAAAAGAUUAAAGACUAUUUUAAGUGGUAUUCCUAUAAGAAGAAAUCGUAAUGUAGACGUGAGUUACGAAUCGUCGUCAAAUGAGGAUGUUGUAUCAAAGAAAAAACGAUUGGGCUUUGCAAGUACUUCAUCUGUUACUAUAAAAAUAUGUGAUGACGAUAAUGAUCAGGAAAACUUUGAAAAGAAUGUACGAAAAACGAACAGAAAGAGUACUAAAAAACUCGCGAAACUUCCUACAGUUACAAAUUCCCAAGAAUUGCAGUCCCCAAAAUCUGACGAUAAAGAUGAUAUAUUUAAGACUCAAACAUAUGUAUGCGAUGAAUGUGGAGCUAGUUAUGAAAAUAAAUUUAUAGGAUUGACACACAAAUUGACACAUUAUAAACAACCACAAUUAAAAUUACAGAAAUUAAGUAAUGAAACUUGGAUGAAAGAAACAUCAGGUCCAAGUGAAGCAGUAGAUGAUCAGGUAGAAGAUUUGCCUGAGACUAUACAAAUUGCGAUAGAAGAUGAUGAAGAAGAAUUGAUGGAAAGUGAAAAAAAUGUUAACACAAGUAAUCGUGCAGAUAUGAAUUCUAAUACAGGAAGUAAUAUUAAUUCGCCAAAAAAGGAAGCAGUAGAAGAUGCUGUUGAUGUAAAACUUGUCAUGAAAGAAUCUGAUGAUGACCAGACACAUAAGACUGAGAAAGAAACAGAAGAUCUGCAAGAAGAUGAAGUUGCAGAAAUAAAUAUAAGUUCGUCGCAAAAUGAAACUAAAACUAAAGAAGAUACGGAUAAAGAAAAUGAAAAAGAAAAUGAGGAUAAUUACAAUAAUAAUGAUGAAAUUGAUAAAAAUAUUCAUGGAUCUAUAAAAUGUGUGAAUUCAGAAGAAAUAAUGGGAAUUUCACAUAGUGAUUCUGAAGACAAACAAGAAAAUAAUAAAGAAAAAUGUAAACAGAUGGAGGAAGAUAAACAAGAAAACGAGGAAGAUAAACAAGAAAACGAGGAAGAUAAACGAAAAAACGAGGAAGAUAAACGAAAAAACGAGGAAGAUAAACGAAAAAACGAGGAAGAUAAACGAGAAAAUGAAAAAGGUAAACAAGAAAACGAGGAAGAUAAAAGUAAGGUAGAGGAAAAACAAACUGAAAUAGUUGAAGAAGUUAAAGUAGUUAAAGAAAGAGGAGGAGAAGAAGAUGCAAAGAGUGAUUUAGAUAUUAAUGAUGAUGAGAAAGGAAAACAGGAAAAGGAACAAGAAAAGGCAAUAUGCAACGGGCAAACGAUUGAAACGAUUAAUAAAGAAAGUUUAAAGAAAUUCAGUGAAGAUUGUGUUGAGGAUACUAUGGAAGAAAAUGGUAUUGAUGUUUCAAAGAAAAUUGAACAAAGUGAUAUUAAACAUAAGGAAACAAACAAUGGAACGGACAUAGCCGAUGAUGAAGGUGAUUUAACAAUACUUGCCGAACAAAGAUCGCCUAAAUCGAUACAAAAAAGAAUAUCCUGCAAUGAAAAUAGAAUGCAAAUAAAAGUAGAUGAUUCUGAUUCAAAAAAAUCCGAAGUUUUGGAGAGGACUAUAUUACUCGAAGAAGAUACGACUGAUAAGGAGAAUUUCAAUAGAAAUGAUAUGGAAAUCGUGGAUGUAGAUUCUUCACAACGAAAAGAUUCAAUGAGCGAUUCUGCAAAUGCAGCAGCAGAAGUGUUACGAGAAGUAUUUGAUUUAGCAAGUGCAAAAGUUCUAAAACGACAAGAGGUUAUUGAUAUAAAUAUCGACUCUGAUUCCACCGAAACGGAGACUUUGGAAAACAUAUCACGUGAAAUACAAAAUAUUGUUGAUAUGCCAUCUCUCAAAAUUGACGACUCCAAAACUGAAAAUGAAGCACAUGUGGAGUAGUGUAUAAAUAUACAUAUACGUAUACAUAUACGUAUAUGUAUACGUAUACAUAUACGUAUAUGUAUAUUUAUUUAUGUAUAUGUAUAUUUAUGUAUUAUAUACGUCUAAAUAUACAUAUACGUAUAUUUAUACACAUAUAUUUAUGAGAUCACUUUUUUUUAUAAAACUUAAAUAUAGUUUUUACACAGUCAAAAGGUCAAGUUUCCUCCUCUUCUGUUGCUUAGAAGAUGUACCAUAUUAUUAAUUCUCAUUUACAUGAAAGGUAUAAAAUGGAACAAUUAUUUCAUUGGUAUUUCAAAUUAAAAGAUGAAGUGUAUAAUGGUAUUUUACUUUUCAGAGAUUAGUAGCCUUUUGUAUACGAGUUCAUUUUAUCAUAGAAA